AUGCCUCACUUAAAUAGAACUAAAAGCGGACAUGCCGUCGACGAAAAUCGUAAAUCGCCUAACAAAGCGUCUAAACUGAAGAAAUGUAUAACUGCAGCAAAUCGUAAAUAUAGUUCAAAAGCCCAAGAUCGCUUAGCAGGAGGAGCAGACGCGCCUGAGGAGAAAGAAGAUGAACCGCAAAUAGCGGUGACCGAAGAGUCUAAAGUCAUAACAGAGACUACUGAAGCUAUUACGAAAACAGAAGAUGGAAUUCCUGUUCGUACAGCUGGGCCAUGCUGCACUUGUCUAGCGUCAAUUCCAGGAUCAACCGGAGAUAAGAAAGUGGAUGAGAUAAUCGACUAUGUGCAUCAAAACUUGCAAGAUGCUGGUAAAGCUUUGGCCACCUUAGGCGAGAACUUUGAGCACGAAUCAAAGUUGAUGUUCGCCGACGUUCUCGGUCGGAUACAACAAUGGAUCGGUAUCGUACAAAACAAACUGGACAUUUGUGAGAAAGAGCUUGAAGCGUUGCGUAAGGAACUGAUAGCGCGAGCUUGCGAAAUUGAGAAUCUGAAGAAAUUGUUGGGAGAGUGCGAGGAACGCGAGGCAAGUUGUGUCAAUGAAAUAUCUGCUUUACUGUCAUUUAAAAAAGCGACGCAAACUGAACUCAGAUCACGUAUCGCGAAACAAGAAGAGCAAGUGAAGGAAGCGAAGGAAGUAAAGGAAGUAAAGGAAGUACAAGAAGACCCACGGAAAGAAGAAGUGGAAAUUGCCAAAGAAGUAGCUCCGAGAAAAUUCGAUGCAUUCGAAAUGGAUGAAGACGAUAGAGAUAGAGAUAGAUCCCGCGAGAAAAUAGAAAUAAUUUGCACCGAUGCAGCUAUUCAGUCGAUGAUGAAAGAUAAAGACAGACUGAGACGGGAAAUGGAGCUGGAGGCUGAAAUAGCAAGGCUUCGCAAAGAGAACGAGCGCAUCAUAAAAGAACGUGCGGAAUACGAAAACGCGAUUCAACGAGCGUUGCUUAGAGGUGUUUCUUGUUUGAACGUUGAAGCAUUAAGAGUUCUGCGUUGCCCGCCGAUCCCUUGUUGCACUCCUUGUGCUCCUUGUCCUGCUUCUAUUAUGGAAUCAACGAUGACGUGCAGAAAAAAUGGUGCGGCAAGUUCGAGGCCCAAAAGUUGCGUCACUCAACGUGCUGGUUCCGGGAGAGCACACGAGCAAUGCUGUCUCACUGCAAAAAGACCUUGCGCCAGUGCCUGUUGUUCCGGUGGAAAAGGUCGCAAAUCUCCAUCGGACAACAGCAUGGUUUUCCUUCUUCAUCAAGGAGACGCGGAAAAUGUUUGUAACAUGAACGACGCUUCGAUGCCACGAGUUUGCGGUGCACCGGCUAUGAAAAAGAUCGAAAUACCGCCGUGUCCCAGAUUCGGCAAAUAGUAAAGCUCACCCGAACACGAUACUCUGUGUUUUUUAACAAUAAGAAGAAUGAGAAAGAGCGCGAUCUGAUGGAAGUUUUAA